AGAGAAAACUUCAGUGCCCCGUGUCCCACCUCUCUCGAAGCUUCACCUCACUUCCCGAGCAACAUAUCAUCCACUUUUCCCGUAUGUCACACCUUCCUGCGCACUUCACACCCGCGGCGCCCAACACCUCACGCCCAUGCACCGUGCGAGGAGUCACAACGGGAGCCAGAUGGAUUGCAGUGACAGAUGUUGUGGGCUAAUGGAGACGUCUUGGAGGUGCGGGACCGGGAGUGGAAUGUUACUAUCGUGCGUAUCAUCAGAGGUCAAUCAGGAAAGUCAGAUCGCCAGCCCCGCCAGCCUCGCGCAGCCUCGCCAGCCUCGCCAGUACCUACAUCGCCGGGUCGCUGUUCUCGGGACCUGCUCGCACCCCCAUUAAGAAAUGGCACAGUGACGGCUGCUGACGAUAGAUGGCAAAGACUCUGGCCAAGUCAUGACGUCAGCCAUCACGUCAGUACUUCCGGGACGAGUGACCUACGGGUUUGGGGCGCCAGGAGGCCUUCUUGUGGAUUUGGCUCGGUGGUAAGAUCGUUUUGCUAAAUCUUGCACCGACAAAAACGAACCAGACCUCAGGAUGCCGAGCAACUUUCGCCAAUAAAAGUCUGGAGUCAUUAGUAUUCAUCCCAUUGGUUCAUCCGCAUUUAUAAUUGGAUAAUUGCGCCACUGGCUAUAGUCGGUGUGUGUGUGUGUGUGUGUGUGUGUGUGUGUGUGUGUGUGUGUGUGUGUGUGUGUGUGUGUGUGUGUGUGUGUGUGUGUGUGUGUGUGUGUGUGUGUGUGUGUGUGUGUGUGUAGUUUUUCUCUCUUCCCACCAUUCUGCUUUACGUGCAUUACCAGAAUGGCGAAAAUACAACCAUAAAAUAGAUCAAAACAAACUAAAAACACCAUAGUUAAACAUAGACUAUACUGUUCUCACACCACUACCACCACCACCACCACCACCACCACUACCACCACCGCCGCGCAGCCCCUCCCUACCUAGAUAUGAAUUGCAUGCGGGAAAAAACUCCACACAUUUGCGCCUGGAAUCUUACCAGUGCUAACUCAUACAACUGAACAUUUAUAUCGAGCCACUUAUAUUCCAUUACAAGUUACUACACUGUAUACUAACUCCCCAGCGGCGGGUUCUCAACAUUCUCUCCUAAUAUGGCCGCUGUAACAUUGUCGUGUCUCAGUGCACUAAAUUACCUGCAUGAAACCGCCACCACACACACACACACACACACACACACACACACACACACACACACACACACACACACACACACACACACACACACACACACACACACACACACACACACACACACACACACACCUGGCGAAUUCCUGGUACAGCGUGUAAAAGUUGAACAGCCGCGCUAUGAAUGGUGUUUGGAAUCUCAGGGAAAGUUUAUCAGUUGAACAAUAAUCGU